UUUCCUGCUUAGUUCCGUGUUGUGAAUGUAGUUGAAUAAGUACAGUUCUCUUAUUUACUUUUCUCAGACCUUGUUGGUGUCUUUCCCCACUCAUUCAACAUGUCGGACCGCGGCUCUUUCGAUACCAAUGCGAUCACUCUGACCAGAUUUCUGUUAGAGGAGGGAAGAAGAGUGAAAGCCACAGGGGAACUGACGACCCUCCUGAAUGCCAUGUGUACGGCUAUUAAAGCAAUCUCGAGUGCAGUGAGGAAAGCAGGCAUCGCUCACAUGUAUGGCAUUGCUGGCACUACAAAUGUGACAGGGGACCAGGUGAAGAAGCUGGAUAUCCUUUCCAAUGACCUUGUCAUUAAUAUGAUCAAAUCCUCCUUCACUUCCUGUGUGUUGGUCACUGAGGAGAACGACAACGCCAUUAUAUUGGAGCAGGAGAGCAGGGGUAAAUAUGUGGUCUGCUUCGAUCCUCUGGAUGGAUCCUCCAACAUUGACUGCCUGGUUUCCAUCGGGACCAUCUUCUCUGUGUAUAAAAAGUGCACAGAUGACGAGCCAAGUGAGAAGGAUGCCCUGCAGCCUGGCAGAAACAUAGUGGCUGCUGGGUAUGCGCUGUACGGCAGUGCCACCAUGAUAGUGCUCUCAACCGGCCAAGGUGUCAAUUGCUUCAUGCUGGAUCCCGCAAUUGGGGAGUUCAUUCUAGUAGAGCAGGAUUUGAAAAUCAAGAAAAAGGGGAACAUUUACAGUCUCAAUGAGGGCUAUUCUAAGUAUUUUGACCCUGCUGUCACUGAGUACCUGCAGAAGAAGAAAUUCCCAGAGGAUGGCAGUGCACCCUAUGGUGCCCGGUACGUGGGCUCCAUGGUAGCAGAUGUUCAUCGGACCAUUGUUUAUGGAGGCGUUUUCCUCUACCCUGCCAAUGUGAAGAGUCCCAAAGGAAAGCUCCGACUCUUGUAUGAGUGCAACCCCAUGGCCUUCAUCACUGAGCAGGCUGGAGGAAUGGCCACGACAGGAAGCAUGAACGUGCUGGACAUCCAGCCCGAGAGCAUCCAUCAGAGGGUCCCGGUGGUCCUGGGAUCCCCGGAUGAUGUUCAAGAGUACAUCUCCAUCUACCAAAAACAUCACAAGUGACCAAAUCCUAAAACUAAAAGCCUUCUAAGAGACCAAACAUCAAAUUCCAAACAUCAAAAAAUCAUUCUUAUGAGUUAAAGUUAAAAAAAAAAAUGAACACAAAAGAUUACCACAUCCUCACCAAAUAUCACACUCAUGUUCUAUAAAUUCUGCUUGUUGCACGAAGUUUUGAGUGGACAAAGCCAAACAAAUCCAACCCGGGUAAAUUAAGGUUAACAGGUUUCAUGACGCUGGUUAUCAACUUUCUUAGUCAACCCAGGUUUUAACCCUGAAUCAAGUUUUACUCAUCGUGCUUGUGUACAUAAAAGCCAGACGUUUGCAGCAAAUAGCCAACAGCGUUCAACAUGGAAAAAAGCAGGUGUGCAUACUUUUCAAUUGAAGAGCAAGAGAUUAUUAUGUGGAAAUAUGAGGAAUUUAAACCUACACUAAUCACAAAAAGCAACAUCGUUUGCUGUUGCCAAAGCUCAGGAACAUUGCGGCGGAAUUUAUAGGUUCACAAUGAGAAUAAGCAGAGUGAAAACUUAUAACCCCAACCUACUUCAUAUAAUAUCACAUAAUAUAAAUGUCAAUUGUUUUAAUUAUAUAUUAAUAAAAUAUCAAUUUGUCAAAGUAUAUUAGGACAGGAAAAAUGCCACCGCAUGCAAAUUUGUACCAUCUCCAGAAAAUCGAUAUCUUUCAUACAGAUUGUCUGUCCCUAAAAGUUAGUUUCCUUCUAAGUGCUCUUUCUUAUUAUUUGCAUGCUGAGCUCCACAGGAUUCUCCACAAAUUCUGAAGCCAUCGCUACAAACACUAAAGGGUUAACUUUGAUGCAGCCGGUUUAUAUCACUUCGCUCACAGGUGAUUGGUCCAAUUUGGAUUUGCGAUUUCUUACCCAGAAAAAAACCUGCUCCAGAGCAGGUUAGCCAUAUAGUGGAAGUUACCAUGGCAAUGAAAACAGAUAAAACCAUUCCACCUUGUUGAGACCUAAGAACCAGAAUUUGCUGAACUAAAAACAAACUUACCUGGGUAGUCACCGAAACUGCCUUCGUGCAACAGGCCUCAGAUAUACAAAUACUCCAAGAAGCAUCAUUGUCACAUUUGCACUCACUGGAAAAUGUUUACACAAAGAUUCACUUUGUAUGAUAUUUACAAAUCUGUGAUAAUAAUGCUGCAGCAGGUCUUGAAGAACGUGGAAGAAAUCGGAACAGUUCCCUAGACCAUGUUUCAUAUCUAUGCGAUAUGAAUGAAGUGCCUGCUUUUUUAUUGUAAAGGAAAAUAAAUUCAGCUUUGCCAAAAAAGUC